CCCCCAUCUCCCCCUCCCCCCUUCCCCUCCGUGCCCUGCAUUUGGCCGCCCGCCACCGGCCUGGGACAUCUUGCGCGUAGGUGCGCUUCCGGAGAGCGGACGAUCUAGCGAGACGCCGAGCGCCCCGGGGAGAGAACAGCCGCCCCUUGCCCGCCGAGAGUAGUGUCACCACCAUGUCGACGGCUCUCAACCUCUUGUGGGCUCGCGGCACCUCGAGCCCGGCCGCCCCAGUCUUCCUCGAUGAGGACGACAUGCUCUCCAUAUUUCUCGACUACCUGCGCACGAUUGCCAUCUACCGUGGCGACAUCAUCCUCUCGCUGCGAGAUCUCUCCCACUCGUCUCGAGCCGAGACAACCUUCCUUGAGCCGCCCACCGACACGUAUGUCUUCACCUUUGGCGAGGACCCGGUGCCGGGGCCCGCUGCCGCGGCUGCGGCCGCGGCCCCGGUCCCGGCCACUGAACCCACCACCCCGCGGCGUGGUGCUGUGCACAAGCCCCGGGCGACCCCCCGGUCCACCGGCCACGCGGGCGUCGCAUCGCCUCCGGCGGCCGACGCACCCCCGGCCAUGCCCCCCGGCAUCACCGGGCUCCAUGUGGCCUGUGCCCAGGAGCUGCUCUACAUUGACCCGGCGGCUGCCGAGUGGCGAAACCACUUUGUUCCCUCACGUGUCUCGGAGCUGGAUUUCUGGCGAAACUACAUGUCUUGGGCCAUUCAAAUUGUCCUCGAUGAUUUUGGCAUCGACCCGGCUCUCCCGGCGUCGGAGCUUUUCAUGCUGUCGCACACUGGUCAUUCGGCGGCGACAGCAGCGGUGUCAGCGCCCCGGCUCCGGAUGCAGGCCGUUCCUUCGGCCGAUGCCCCACCCUCGCACAUGGCCACUGAGCUGGCUGCCAGCCGAAGUGGACCAACUGCUCGGAGCACCGCCACCGCCAAGCUAAUGCGUCACUCAAAGGCCUUCAAACGGACCAUGUCACGCCUGGCCACUCAGCCGCUCUUUUCUACCGGUCCCCCGGUGACAGGCGGGUCGCCUGGCUGCAGCGCGGUGCCGGUGCCGGUGCCGGUGCCCGCGGCUCUUGGGGCCACUGCCGGACGCAAGUUCGGCCCCUGCGGCCCGGCCGGCACCAAGAAGCGCUCGACCCCCGCGCCGCCGCUGCUGCUGGGCGGCAUCCUGUCCUCCGGGGCGCCGCUUGCCAGCCGGACGAUCUCCCUGCGUGACGACUUGGCCGCCCUGGCUGAAUGCUCGCCGGCCGAUGAGGCGGCCUUCAGCCCGGCGGUCGCCAGUCCCAAGCCCGGCAGCAGCUCCGACGCCUCGUCCCCCCCUCCGGUGGACCCUCUUCUGGACUUGGGCCUUGGAGAUGAUGGCAAUGGGGAUGACGAUCUUUUUGCCCAGUUCCACGCCCUGGUGCAGGUGAAGGCCGCGGCCAAGACCGGCACUUCCGGCACUUCCGGCACUUCCGGCACUUCCGGCCUCGGCUCGCAGGAUUCGCUGACUGACCGGGGGGUUCCCUCGACGCCGGUGCGCAUCCGCAACACAAUCCCCACCUUCGUGCCGUCCGGCAGCCGACUGUCCUCGCGGCGCCAGCGUGCCGGAUCCGUCACUUGCCCAGCCGAGUCCCUGUCUCCGGGAGCCGGGUCGACCGGCGGCCCCGACGCGGCUGGGCCCUCGGGUGCCUCUUCCGCGGCGCUCCCCCGGCGGGUACUCUUCUCCGAAGCCGCCUCCCCAAUGGGCGUGGUCUUUCCUUCAUCGCGCCGUGGGGGCCCUCCUCCCGGGCCGGAUCCACUGUCGGGCGAGGUUGCCACGCCAGCUGUCGCCGGGGAUGCCGGCGCCGGCGCCACCCCUGCCAGUCUGGCUGCUCCUGGCAGCCCGACCCCCACGCGCCUCCCCAGCCAGGCCACCCUGGAUGCCACCUCGGCCCUGGCCAUGGCGCUGGACUUCCUGGAUCUGGAUCUGGGGGAUCUGUCCACGCCCGGCCCGGCCGAGGCCACUCCCCAGUCGCCGGAUGCGCCCGGGUCGCCGGACGCACCGGAGUCGCCGGCCGUGGCCGAUGUGCCCCCUGCUUCGGGCGGGCCUCCUGCCCCGCCGACUUCCUACACGGCGGCCGAGCGAGCUGCCCAGGUCCCCGAGCCGCAUGAUGUGGGCCUGGACAUGGCUCACCCGCUGAAGCGUUAUCACGAUCGGGCGCAUCGCAUUCUCCAGACCCUGGCCCUGCGGUACCAUGCAUCAAGUGCGCUUGCCCCACGGGCGGCCUGGGUUCAGCCCCGUGCGGCGGCCUUUGUCUUCCAGGGCUUCAUCCAGCAUGGCCUUCUGCAAUUCGGCAAGGGAGAGCUUGUGGUCAGUCGGGAGGAUGCCCUCUUCCUUCGUCGGCCCGACAACCAGCAGUUGAAUCGUUUCAUCAUUUCCGAGCUGAAGCUUCUCCAGGAGUACUUCGAAACCGCCAGCGACGACGAGGUCCACGACUGGAUCGGUUUUGGCAACAUGGAGACCGGCGACGCGGACCACUUUUGGAUCCUCAAUGCCCUCUCCAGUGUGCCGUUCCUACCGACGGCCGGGGACCUGUCUACGGCCGGUGACGGCGGCACUGGCAGCGUGGCCGCGCGGGCUGGCGGCGCGGCGGCCUUCCGGCAACUCCAUGCACAGCAGCAGCAGCGCCAUGCCGACGAGCAGGACUCCAUCGAUGAGGAGGGCAUCGGCAUGGCCGCGCAGCCGCGCAUCGAGCUGAGUCUUGUCUGUCGGCAGACCGGCCAGCCCAAGGUGGCCCUGGUGGUGGACCUCCGUGGCGGAGCCAUCUUCAGUGCCCUGGCCGGGGCUGGGGCAUUUGUGUGGCGCUGUGCGACCCCCGACGAGCUGGCCCCGAUGCCGGGCUUUGUGGCCGACGGCCCGGGCGCCACAACGAUCCCUCGGUUCCCGGAGUUGGAGGCCCUCUCGCCGAGUGGGGGGCUCGGCUCGCCGGAGGUUGUGCGGGCGGUGCAUCGACUCCUCGGCCGGUGGACGCGCGCCCGGCGGUCCUACCUGUCGGUGGCUCUGCUGGAGAUGUGCUGCCUCUUCCGUGACCCAAGCUAUUUGACGGCGUCAGCCACGGCUGGCGGCCAGGCGGCCGGGGCCUCGGGCGGCAACGCCGCCGGCACCAGCAACGCCGAUGGCAGCCUCCCGUCGUGGGACCAUGCGGCCGGGGCCCUGUUGUUGACUGAGCUCGGCGGCCGGGUGACUGACCUGGCCGGGGAUGCUCUGAUUUUCCGCGGUCCCUUGCGUCGCGGCGUGGUGGCCGCCCUGCCGGCCGUACAUCAGACCAUCCUGGACACGCUCGCUGCCCUGCGCGCGCCCCCGACCCGGGCCUUCCACCUGGAUGUGGCCUUCCCCGGGCUCGAUAGCGAGACCCUGGCCCGGGCGAUUCUCCUUGGCCUCGGCCAAUUGGCCGGCUUCCCGACGCCGGAUUUGGAGAAGUCGAUUGCGGUGCGGGCCCUGGCCCCGGAGUAGUUGGUGGUCGAUCACCCCCCCCCCCCCUCGGUCUUCGCCCCUCUUUCCCUCUCGCUCGUUCUUCUUCCCGCGGCAAUUGUCCUGUCCUUGUACUUGUUUCUUUCCCCCUCCUCCUCCUCCUCUUCCU